GGGGCCUAUAGUGUUGCCCGUGUGCGUGAGUGCAUCCGUCCGUCCUUCGGUAUGCUUGUACGUGUGUGUUCAGACCGAUAGAUAAAGUUGCCGCGCAUUGUCACAUUUUGAAUUAUCUUGGCACAAAUAUUUGUUUGUGCAUGAGAAUUCAAAAGAUAAACAUUGUUAUAACAUAGCCAUUUAUUGAGCAGAGUUAUAUAUAUGUUAGAGUGUUAUACGGCAAUAUGUUGCCGUGCCGCAGGAGCUUAAUCGCAUUAUUAUUUCAUCAUUUAUAUGUGUUGCGUCCUUUAAUGUUACUACUUAUUUUAGUCGAGUUGUCAUGCGCAAUUGCCAUGGGCACUAGUUGCAAGCUAGCCGUAUGCUGUAGGGCCGGAUGAUUUUAAAACAUUUGACUACUUUUAAAUUUAUUCAAGGAAGUAACGAUAAACAAAUAAAUAAAAGUUAACGCUUGAACUGAAUACUGCGUUUACGUGAAACAAUAGGACGUGUUUAUUGGAUUUUCAAUAGUUUGAAGAACUAUGAAUGUCUGGCGAGUAUGUGUUCUGGUUUUUAUUCUCUUCUCGGGAUCUCACAUGAUAACUCAAGGAAAAUCUGCUGUUGAUCGCACUCGGUCACGGAACAAGGCUUCACGUAAGAGACUGCACGAAAAAGACGAUCCCAUUCCGCCCAACUCCUACUUGGAUCAAUUUCUCCGCGAACACAGCAAACCCAUAGUUAGACUGAAGUCAGGACGUGAAACAAGCUUUGAACUCAACAUUGACAGCCGGUACAAUUUUAAUCCGCCUAUCAAAACAGCGCCAUUUUCUUCGACCGGAGAACCUUGGCCUUUGCCGAAAAAAUACCAGUCCGAGAAUGAGAAAGUGCUCAAACUAGACAAAGAACAGUUUAAAAUUGAAGUGCUCAAUAAAUCCUGUGAUAUUUUAAUGGAAGCAAUAAAAAGAUAUACUAAAAUUAUACAGAAUCAUAUUAUAGAAGAACAUUAUGAAUUUGUUUACAAUUUUGAUGAAAAGACAUUUACUGACCGCAAAAGACAGGAGGAAAGAAAGUACAACGAAGUAGAAAACAUGCCCAAUCUUGAGAUUGACGUUGCUGAAGAGGAUUGUGGAUAUCCACACAUUGAUAUGAAAGAAUCGUAUACACUUGUCGUUCGACCAGAUAUUACAAGACUUACUGCUGACCAAGUAUGGGGUGCAGUUCGUGGCCUAGAAACAUUCAGUCAACUAUUGUUCAGGAAAUGGCGCACGGAUGAGGUGUACGCCAAAGUUACCGAAAUUGAGGACGGGCCUCGUUUUCCACAUCGUGGCAUUUUGAUGGAUACAUCCAGACAUUAUAUACACAAGAACACCAUUAAAAAUGUGCUGGACGGGAUGGCGUACAAUAAGAUGAACGUUCUUCACUGGCAUAUUGUCGACGACAACUCGUUCCCAUAUCAAAGUGAAGUAUUCCCAAAGCUCAGUGAAAAGGGUGCCUUCCAUCCAGAUCUUGUAUAUACCAUUGAUGACAUCAAAGAACUCGUGGAAUAUGCUAGAUACAGGGGAAUAAGAGUUGUUCCAGAAUUUGAUACGCCAGGGCAUACAUUUUCUUGGCUUGGGUACCCUGAAAUCAAAAGCACGUGUUAUACUGGUGACACGCCCCUGAAAGGACCAAUGGGACCGAUCAAUCCUGCCCAAGACAAAACCUAUAUGUUUAUGUCGAAGCUUUUUAGCGAAAUUUACAAUGUGUUCCCCGACAGUUUUGUGCACCUUGGCGGUGACGAAUUACAUAGCACGUGCUGGGCGACAAAUCCGGCAAUAAGGGCGUAUCUUCAGGAGCAUGGUAAUAUCCCUGCUUACGAGGCGAGAACUAACGCUGGGCGCUACGUGGAUAAGGCUGUAGGUUAUUACUUCAAAAGGCUGAUAGAAACGCUCGAGACAGCUGCAAGAGAGAAACAACAGAAAAAGUCUUUCAUCAUGUGGGAGGACGUUCUCAAAAAUACUGACAAAGUUCCACUCGAUUCUAUUUUACAAGUGUGGAUGGGAAGACCCAGUAAUGUUUUAUCACUGAAUGAACGUGGAUAUCGUGCAUUGUACUCAUCUUGUUGGUACCUAGACCAUUACAAGACAAUGCCUAUGUGGCCAGAUUACUACAACUGUGACCCGUCACCUUACAAUUCAGAAGCUGAAGAGAAGGGAAAAAUUUUAGGAGGCGAGGCUUGCUUGUGGGCAGAGUAUAUAACAACUGAUACGCUCAUGUCUUUUAUGUGGCCCCGUGCCUCUGCCCCUGCCGAGCGCCUGUGGAGUUCACGGUCUACUACGAAUAUAGCCAAUGCCGCGAUGCGCCUUCAAGAACAGAGAUGUCGAAUGAUCUUCCGUGGACUUCCAACUGGUCACAUAUCAGGUCCUGACUAUUGUUUGAGACCCAAAGAUGGUUCGUUUAACUGGAAUGAAAAAGAUCAGUUUAAUGCCGCUGCAGAACCGGAAGCGCAGUUUGCUGUAAAAAAUUCCAAAGACGAAAAUAAUAUAUCUAUAUUUGUUCUUUCACAGUAUCACCAUUAUUUACCUGUGAUGAACAUUGUGCUUACUCUGGCAGGGCUCUAUAUCAUCAUUUGCGUCUCAGGUUGUCGGAAAAGAAGAGGUCAUUUCAGUAUUUUCCAGAGUAAUAACUGAAGACUAUGUGAAGUUCACGUUGAAUUUCGCAAAGAAAUAUAUUUCGAAUAGAAACAUACACCUCUUGAAAUACAGUCAAAGUUCGUUCGCUCGAACUCGACGGGACUGGAAAAAAUGUUCGAGUAAUCAGUAGUUCUAACAAUCAAACAAUAUACGUUAUACAGGGACUUUGCCGGGACUCGACGAUGAGUUCGAACAAAGGGCGUAGCACGAGUUAUCCGAGUUCGAGCGAACUAAAUUCGACUGUAAUAUAAAUCCGCGCACAUAAAAAGCACGGGUCAUUGUAUAAUGUGAAACCUUCCUUGACCGGAAAUGCUAACAAGAGACAUGUAUGCCGUUUGGUACUGUAUUGUCGGUGAACAAUUUGCCGAAUAAAGGUAUUGAAUUAAGCUGUGAAUAAGUACAUUUUGGAGAGGUAUUCGAUCUAGAUAUUUAUGUUGAAAGUCAAACGUAUAUUAUCUUGUCGUCGGUGUCGUCGGUAUGAAAAUGAUUUUUGAUAUUUUAGAAUUGUACAGACGGGAGUCUAGAUAAGAAAUUACGAGUGUUGAACAGUUAUGUGAUAAUCCAAAAGGGGACAAUAGGUUCGCAGAAUAUUUUGUUGAAUGCAGACGUUAUAUGUUAUAAACUCUUGUAACUUUUCAAGUUGUAAGGAAUCUUUAGGAUUAUACAACGUGAAUAGUCAUUCCAGAGUGGUGAAAAAUAUUACGGGUGAUAGUUUUACUUGAAUUCCAUAAUGAUUUGGGCACUAUAAACACCUGUACGGUUGAUUUUGCCGUAUAGUUCAUUUCCUUUUUGUUCUGUGCAAUUCCUUGGGACUAUUUGAUUAAAAUAUAUUUGGAUAUAUUAUUUAUUUAAUAUUUCGGCAAUGGACCCGUAAUAGUGCACCUCCUUUUUUGAAGAGUAUUCAAUUACUUUGACUAAUUUUUCAGGAGGGUGUAGGUUCAAGCCCACAAGGACCAAACUUUUUUUUUCUUUAUAUUUCUUUUUUCUAGUAAGUUCAACUGUUUUUUUUUCAAGACUUAUUAUUGAUUUAUUGUACAGAAGCACUUUUUCAUUUGAUAAGCCAUUUCAUGCUGUUUAAAGUAAAUUUUACCACUGGUACAGAAGGGUUCAGGGUUAGACAUCUUUGUACUGAGUUACAUGUGGUAAAAAUUCUUUAUUUUGCCUUUAAUUAGGCCUACUCUUUAGAUUACACAUUGUGGAAGAAAUGUAGGUAGGUUUUACUUCUGCCCCGUGUUUUUUUUAAUGUGUGUUUGUUUUGGGUUUAACGCCGUUUUUCAACAGUAUUUCAGUCCGUCUGUCUGUCUGUCUGUCAUGUAAUGGCGGGCAGUUAACUUAACCAGUGUUCCUGGAUUCUAUACCUGGUCCAGUACAAACCUGUUCUCCGCAAGUAACUGCCAACUUCCCCACAUGAAUCAGAGGUGGAAGACUAAUGAUU